AUGAAAAGCCCAUGGCAGGGAAGAGGCUGCAGAUUUCAUGUGUUCCAUCUUACAGAAACUAGUAUGGAUGAUCCGCUGAUGUGGGGGCUAUUUCCGCUGAAAACAUGGAUGAAGGGGCGUAUACGGUGGGCAUUAGGAGCAGCAGACAUAUGUUUUACAGAGCCGCUAAGGGCGCUUUUUUUUUCGCUGGGCCAGACGCUGCCGAUCGAGCGGCAUGGGGCAGGGCUGUUUCAGGCGGGAAUUGAUGAAGCUAUUCAGCUUGUUUCGGACCCAGCACGGGGGUGGAUUCAUGUUUUUCCGGAGGGACGUGUCCACCAGGACCCUCAAGAGACGAUUCGGUAUUUCCGAUGGGGUGUUGCGCGUAUUAUCCUUGAAGCAGCGAUGCGUAGCGACCGGCUGCCCUGUGUUCUUCCUAUUUUUCUCCGAGGGUUUGACAAGAUUAUGCCGGAGCAAGAGUCAGCAGAGUUGGGAGAUGUGCACUUGGAACAGCAAAUGCAAACGAAAAACAAGUCAAUGGCACAGCAGCCGCUUUUGCAGCAUUUUUUAAAACAGUUUCAUUUCUUUCAGCGGUUGCCUCGUCUUGGCCGCAGCAUCGAAGUGCAUUUUGGAUCUCCUGUUCCAGAUUCUCAGCUUGCCGGUUUUGUAGAUGUUUGGCGAAAGCUUUGCUGGAGUUCCAGAAUAAAGGCGUCAGACAAAGAUAUCCGUUUAGAGGAAACAGCAAAAAAAAAGGAAUCGAAUGCAUUUCCCGAGUCAUUUUCAGCAUCUAUGGUAGAAGAUUCUCAAACAGCACGACAGUUGCGUAGUGAUCUUGCAGCAUUGCUGCACCACCACGUCGAGCGUCUCCGCUACGAAGCUAGCCUCAAUAAUACGCCUAGUUUAAAUGUCGUCAAAACUUUGGAUAAUAUUGGGCUAAAUACCACUCGUCUUGGGCUGGAUAAAGCUUGA